CGAAGCAGUUCUGGCCAAGCCGGCAAAUUGUGGCGAGCGAAAGACGAACGUCAUCGACGCGUGUUAGCCAAGUUAAGUGAGUGGAAAGCGAUCAUUGACGGAUACCGGGACAUGACUACGGAAAUUGAUAGAGACUGACACUGCCAUUGAUUCAUCAGCGAAAAUACUCCACGAUCUUCUCUACUUCCGGGGCGUAGCAUUUCUCUCGUGCAGCAUAUGAAGUAAUUAGGGACUAGCACUAAAAACAUCUAUAAAUGUCAAAAGACAAACAAUUUCGCGGAAGAGCGACUGCCAGGCAUUGCCAUCGACACUUUUCAGGCAACAUGUUGCUGGGAGUCAUAGACAGCAGCAGUAGCGGCAGCAGCAACCCCAACUGAUAGCAGCAACAUCAACUGACGGCAGCAACAUUUGUGCGUUCAGUCGCAAUUCUGACGGUUGCGUGACGCGUUCGCCGGGCGGGCAAUGAAGCAGACUCUUCUUUAUUUUCAACACAGUAAGAGCGACGUCAAAAAAACAAUAUAAACAAAGUGCAAACAAUUACAUAAAUACAAACAAACCCAAUAAAAAUACGUAACAAAGUGUGUGCCAUAUAAAUAAGAAUAAUAAAGCAAGAAAUGCCGGAGAGCAAGCAAAUAAAUUAGCAUAAUUUAGCAAAGAUUUGCCGAGACAAGCCGACAUUCAUUUCGCACUUAAUUAGUGUCCGACAGCGCUGACAAUGUGGCAGACACUAUCAACUUUAAGCACAUCACUCAGAGGAGCAACAGUGGCAGCAAUGCCGGCAACCUGCAACUGCAACAGCUCGGAAAACGCGGAAAUGCACAGUCACAAAGUGGGCAACAUGUUGCCAUUAACAGACAAUGCGACAGCGGCAAUGCGUAGGUGUCGCUGUCGCACAAAAAUCACCAGCAGCAGCAGCAGCAGCAGCAGCAACAGCAGCAACAACAGCAACAACAGCUGCAGCAACAAUAGUAACAGCUACGGUAGCAACAUCCUGCAGUGGCUACUCCUGCUAUGCCUUUUCUGUGAUUUUGGUGAGGCAGCACUGAGCAAUGUCAAUCUGCUGGUGGAACCCCCGGCAGUGCGAAGGGGUCAAUCUGCGGCUCUGCGCUGCGACUACCAACUGGAUGGAGCGCCCCUGUACUCCAUCAAGUUCUACCGUGGCCAGAUGGAGUUCUACCGCUACACGCCGGGCGAGUAUCCCCACACCAAGGUCUUUCCGUAUCCCGGCAUUCGCGUGGACGAAAAUGGCUCAAACGCCACCAUGGUGCACAUACGCAACGUGAGCUUCGGCCUGUCCGGACCAUUUAGCUGCGAGGUGACGGCGGAUGCACCGCUCUAUUCCACGUCCACCGCCUACGCCCAGAUGCAAGUCGUCGAAUAUCCUGAGAAGCGUCCUCAGCUUUUUACGGAGCAUACGCGGUAUGAGCCCGGCGAUGUUCUACGGGCCAACUGCAGCACUCUGCCCUCCCGACCGCGAGCUGAACUACGAUUCACCAUUAACAAUAUUCCGGUGACCACGGAGGAAACGCAGUAUAUUCGAUCGGUUGACAAUCUGAUUGCAUCCCGGCUCAGUCUGAAGCUGCAGCUGCAGGCGAUUCACUUUGUGGCCGGUUCCAGUGCCCAUGGAAAUGGAAAUGGAAAUGGCAAUGGCAAUGGCCUCACAAAUGCACUGCAGAUGGCCGGCGGCUCAGGCGGAGGCGGAAGCCUUGUCCUGCGAUGCACAGCGCAAAUUGGCGAUUUCUAUCAGGAGUACAAGGAAAUCGAGCUGGGUACACCGCAAAAGGAUCCGGUGCCGGCCAGAGUGACGCUGUCGUCGGGCACCGGUCUUCGUGGCUUCUUGGAGACCUAUUUUGCCAAAUCCUCGGCUCGCAGCCUCUGGCGCGGGGCGGCAGGCAGCGCGGCGGCCGGCUUAAUGGCCACGAUAUUAACCAGGCUGAUUAAUGGUAGCUAAAUGGGCGCAGGAUUCAUGGACUUCAUGGAUAUGCAAUGCGCGAGAGGGACGUGGCAUGUGGCGGGUGGUGUGUGAAAGGGAUGUGUAUAGCUUAUCGAUCAGCGAUGGAAAUUAGAGGGAGCCCUCGGCCGUAAACUGCAUUAUUUACCUAUCACGAAUGCAAUUUAAAUUACACCCACAGACACACACUCUCCCACUCGGCCACAGAUCCCAUAUAACUGUAAAUAUUUGCUUUAAUGAUGUGAACGGAUACACGUAAAUGAACUCGCACACUCACACACACACACACACAUACAAACAUAUAUACACGCAUACACACACGCGCGACUAAUUGUUAAUUAAUGGAUUAUUUAAUGAUGCAUAAAAUAUUGGAUAAAAUAUGAAUGUUUCAUUUGCAUUUAGCUUCAACCCAAGCGGAUAUCAACUUAAUGUUUAAGCGGAGUAAAAACCAAAUGUAAAUCGUUGAAACGAUUAAAAAAGCAGAAAGAGAAUAACAAAAAAUUUAACAAAAACAAAAACAAAAACCAUAGAGAACUGUAAAACAA